AUGGAGCAGGUGACGAAGCUAGCGGGGCAGCGGGCCGUGGUGAUCUUCGGCAUGAGCUCCUGCUGCAUGUGCCACACGGUGACGAGCCUACUCCGAGAUCUCGGGGCGAACCCGACGGUGGUGGAACUGGACGAGGACCCUUGGGGGAAGGAGAUGGAGAAGGCGCUGGUCCGGCUCCUCGGCCGCAACCCUGCUGUGCCGGCGGUGUUCAUCGGUGGCAGGCUCGUCGGAUGCACCGACAAGGUCAUGUCCCUUCAUCUCGGCGGCAAGCUCGUCCCGCUGCUUCAUAACGCAGCUUGCUGGCUUGGAGGAGGAUGA